AUGGCGAUCGAGUGCUUAGUUCUCGGCAAGUUUUCGGUCCUCCGAUCUUCUUCAUCCGGUUUUUUCCCUCUCUGAUGUUGUGAUCACCGGUGAUAACUCACAGGGGCGGGGCAGACAGUGGGGAAGAGUUGCGUGGUGGCAACCGUGGCCGGGAAGAGAAUCAUGUUCGACUGUGGUAUGCACAUGGGGUACUCCGACGCCCGCAGCUUCCCGGACUUCUCCCUCAUUCCCCACGCCGGGGAAGGGAGGUUCGAUUCCGCCAUUUCCUGUGUCAUCAUCACCCACUUGUAACUAUUUUAUCUCUUAUAAUGUCCUAUUCACUUUUCUCCGGAACUUUUGUCCUGUUGUGUUGGUGCGUGAUAAAAUGCUAGUCUCAGCAUGGUGCUAAUAUCAUGAAGGCAUUCUUAGGCACUUUUCAACCCUCUCGAACUACUUCCAUGACAUAGUGCCUGAUAAAGUACGUGGAAUAUUAACAAUUUGAACCAUAAAACGGUUUUUCUUUUACUUCUGGCAUGGUUUCUAUAUCACUCAGUUUUCUCUAGAAAUGAUUUUUUAGUGAAUACCUUGUAAUAAUGGUUGUACCGUCCAAAAAGCUGUUCAUUUAUGGAAAUAAAUAAUUUCUUUUAGGAAAAUUGCGCUGUUUGUGAUAAGUUAAUGCCUUAAACAUUGGGCCCAAUCUCUUAAGCUCUAAUCUGUAUUAAAUGACGAUUACUUCGUACGCUUAAAGUGGCUGUUAUGUACAUUGAACUUUCUAUUGACUUCGUCAUGUGGUUAAGGAGACAUUCAUCUGAUUCCGGAUAAUACAUUGCUGUCUACGUUGGAAACAUUUAUUACAUUUAUAGUAGGCCAUCAAUUAUUCUGUUGGAGUAAUUGCUGAUGGAAAUAAUAUUUUUCAAUAUCAUGUAAAUCUUUCUUAGAGAAAAAUGUGUUCACUGGCAUAGUGACUCCGAUAAAGAGGCAGAAAUAUUGACCUCGCUCCCAUGGAGUUAAUUUUCCAUGGUUUAUUGUUGUCAUUUAUGAAGAGAAUUUAGUUUCCUGCUUGAAUGAGUGAGCUCCAAACAAUAUGAAAAAACGUUAUCCUUUUUCUGUCAAAAGAGGAUUUUUAACUAACUAUUUUGAUGUAUUAUAUAUCUCAGCCAUCUGGACCACAUUGGAGCACUUCCUUAUUUUACAGAGGUUUGUGGGUAUAAUGGACCUAUCUACAUGACUGUAAGUUCCUAGAGACUAUCUCGCAUUAGUAUAAAUAUGUACUUCAGUAUAGUUCUUUUUAUCUCUGUUCGGUACUCUCUUAAAAGAUAUUAGUCUGCUUUUUUCUCUGUCAUUCAUGUGUUACAUUUGUUUCCAAGUCAAAUAUUUUUGAGUCUUUGAAUCGAUUUUUUUUUAUUGAUGUGGUGAAUAGAUAGCCCAUAAUAUUAUUGCUUAUAUUUUUUAGUAUCCAACAAAAGCGUUGGCCCCUCUGAUGUUGGAGGAUUACCGGAAAGUGAAGGAGCAAAGAGGAGACGAAGAGAAAUUCAGUGGUGAUCACAUAAUGAAUUGUUUGAAGAAGGGUAUGCAAAAUGCGUCUAUGGAUGUUUCCUGGUGCAUUCAUUACGUCCCUAUUGUGUCUAAAUUUCGUUACUUGACUAUCAUUUUCAUGAACCCGUCUAGAUAUCAUCCUGGAAACCGUAGAUGCUUUGGAUAAAUAAAUAUUUUUUUGUAUUCUGUGUACUUUAGUUUUUCUCCUUUAGGAAUAGAGUUUCUGCAUAUUAUGUUUCCUUUAUUAAUCAUUCAUGAAUGGUCGCUAAUACCUUCAAAAAAUUAGUCGGUAGUCAGAGGCAAUGGUAUCAAUAUAUUUAGGAUCUAACUGUCACCUCCUAAAAAUAUUCAUUUGCUUGUGUGUACUAACCACUUAGAAGUCACAGAUAGCUGAGGGUUUUUUCUAAAUAUAUCUUAAAAAUUGUGGUGGACAUGAAAGAUAUCAAACGGAUGUCAAAUCUAGGCCAUCUGCACUCUUUUUUAAUUGUGUUGCAAUACCGGUUGCUUUCCCUUGUAGCAUAUGCGUUUUUUCAGUGACUGACGGGAGCUGGUGGUAGGUGAUGCUCAUGAUAUGAUGGAAUGUAGAAGCAAGGCAUGGGAUAGGACACAUUUAAAAUCUUUCUGGAAAUGAAGUUCUGGCUUUUGUAACUCAUUCUAUGAGAAAUAAAAUGCUGAUUGAAUGGCCUCCAGAACUGUGAUGCUAUUCUCCUUGGCUGAAGUUUGCUUUGAUUCCUCACGGAACUACUCACUGUCUUUCAACCUAAAGUGAACUACUUCUGGAGAGAGGUCGAGUUUUUGGUUGAUUAUCAAGCCGACCUCAGCUAUACUAAUUGAAACCCGUUCUUCACCCCCUGUUACCUGUCUUGGAUUUACAGAAUACCGGUCAUUUAUUAAGCUGGUCAAUCCUGACUCGGCGGUUAAAUUUCCUUUGUUCCUUUAAAGGUGGGAAACUACCUUUAUUUGACUUAUUUUCUGUUUCUGAGCCAGAGGGAUGUCCCAUGGCAUUAUAUUAGAAAAUUGAAUAGUCAUAGACGAACUUUGACUUAUUGUUUGCUUGAUUAUGUUGAUUUCAGUAAUACAAGUUUGGAACUUUCUACUUCCAGUGACAAUUUUCACUACAUGGAAUAUGCUUAAAUAAUGUAGCUUUGAAUCUUUAUUUCUUGUGGAAGAAACCUUGCUGGUUCCUCACGAGUGUGCCAAGUAUUUUCCAAUUGAUCCGCAGUGAAUCGGAUCAGAUUUGACUUCGGGCAACCAACCCUCCUUUCAAUAAGGAACACGCUAGUUUGUAUACUUCACAUUCCUUUCUCUAGUUCUAACAUUUGAACUUCGUAAAGAAUUACAGUGCUACAAAUCUAUAACUUCUCACAUGGCUUGCUAUCUUAUGUGUGAUCCGCUUUUCGACCAUCAACAGGUGUUUUGUAUAUUUUGCCUUCUUUUCUUGUAAGUUCUAACAUUCAGAUUUCGUUAAAAAUAAUUGUGCCACAAGUAAACUUCUCAACUUGGUCUACAUUAUGUGUGAUCUUGAUGCUUUGAAAUGGCUUGGGCCAUCUUUCAAGUUCUAGCAUUCUGACCAAUCUUCAUGUAUUUUGGGCCUGCUAAUCCUUUGCCAUUUGAAUAUCAUUACUCCCAUAGAUGAAUAUUUCCUUUCUCUUUGGCUCAGGAUUCAUGGAGAGAUUUAUCGUCAGCUGGUUUUCUCAGUAGUUCAGGAAAAAGGAUUAUAUUUUUUUCAGUUUCUUCUAUUCACAUCAAUUAAUCCCUUUGAGAUCGCCAUUUUUUUGGUUAUUUGGGGAGGAGGGGGAGUGCUUGUUGCAUGAUAAGACAGGAUCUCAUGGAUGGUGAACAGACUCCCACGCCUGUCCACAAACGCCACCAGAAAUAUUCGCAGGCUGUUGGAAUCUGCUGGAAUUUAUACUUUGAUUAAGUACACCUGAUUGGCCUCCUACCCUCUCAAAGAUCAUGUUUCAUCUAUUUAUCUCUUUAAAAUGGUUGUUAUGAUUUUGAUAGAGGCUAGAGACUUGCACAUCUAUGCAUUAUGUUUCUUUUGGACUAGAAAACAUGUAAACAUCUACUUGUCCUUCUUGGACUGUUUAAAAACUUUGUAUUGCGUAGGAAACAUCAGAGGGAGACCACCAAGCUAAUCUAUUUUCCUGCUUACCUAUUCUCACUCUCUCCGGGACACAAAACUGAAACCAAUUGACUGAUGUCACUCCUUCCUCUUGAAUCUCCAAUCCUGACUUGGUUCAGCGUGGUGUAAUCUAUAGAUUUAAGAAUAAAAUAGCGCGUCCAACUUCCUCAUUUUUCUUGUUUACAUUCAUUCAUAUGCUGAUAUGCUUGCUUUGUGGAAUAUUCCCAUGUUUACUUUUCGCUAUUGAUUUGACCUUAUUUCUGUGCGCUUCAGUUAUAACGGUGGAUAUAAAGCAAACAGUGCAAGUUGCUAAAGAUAUCCAAAUCCGUGCAUAUUAUGCUGGUCAUGUGCGUUUCUGAACUAUGUCAUUUUCCCCCCAUUUUUUAAUUGCAAGUGCAAACUUCCUUAGGCAAGUUUAUAGUUGCUAAUGCUCUGUUGUAAAGGUUUGGCCAAAUUUUAGCAUUUUCACGGUUCUUGGUAUUGGCCAUGUUAAACCAAUUUUUCUUUGGGUGCGUUGAGGGUAGGGGUGAGUGGUUCCUCCUCUUCAGGAUAAGCUUAAAAAAAAAACUAUUACUGCGCUGAAGAAGAGAAUUCAUGGACCGCCUGAGGUCAGCCAAUUUUCUGGCCGAUUCGAUCCAAUCUUACUUGGCCAGUGUGGUUUCCAGCAUCAGUACUGCUAUUAGCAUACUUAGCGUCAUCAACACGUCUCAUCUUCUGGAUCAACAAACAGUUGGCACCGGUAGCCUGUUUGAUAAUUGCUAAUGAUACUUGUGGUUGUCGGUGAUACUGGGGGGAAAUUCUAUCUUGGGCGCCUUACACUGGAUGUGAAUCUUUUAGCUGAAUGUUCCUUGCCUUUUUUAAAGCAUCUACUGUGUUAUUUCCUCAUAGACUGAGAAGGAAUGGGGGUUGCAGAGUAGGUUCUUUGAACGAUCAUUUAUAGUAUAUAUCAAAAUUCUCCCCUCUGAAACUUUUGAUCGAAUAGCUCUGUUCUCUGGUUCGAAUCCCUGAAGCAUUCUAUGCUAUCAUUGAUUAACUAUCUUCUACUAGGGGGUACCAGGGUGAAACAGAAGUCACUCCAUGAAUCCUUUACCAAGAUUGUUGAGGUGGCUUGGACCAUAUAUUACUGUCCACGAAAAUGGAUCUUUACUUCACUGGGGAUAAUCCUGAUUUGUGUCUCAUGCCAUCAUUUCCGUUUUUGAAGCCUUUAAGCGUGGUUUCUCCCAGCAUCUCUAAGCUCUCUCUUGAUAUGACAGUGCACCCAUGGAUGCCCCAUAAAUCAUCACCACACCUGCCACAUGAUAAUUAACCAUUAUCACUACUUCUGUAUCUUCUGCAGAUAACACCGAUUUUUCAGAUGCAGUUGUCAAGUCCUUACGACAUGUUGUCUCAAUGCGAGCAAUCUUCUUAUUUUCAUCUGACACAUAAACCUCUAUCACUGCUCAGAUGGAAACUUUGGAGGAGCAUUCAUUCGAUAUUGUCAUAUACCUAGCAAUUCCUAAUCCUCCAUCGGCUAUGCUGACUGGUGUUGGUUUCGACUUACCAAAUCUCAUAGGUCUCCACCUCCAUUUAUUUUGAGUUUUUUGGACAUUCUAAGCAUGGAUAUGUCCUGUUCCGCUGGCAAGUGAGAGCUUAUAAAUUCCAGUAGUCUUGGACAAUCAAGACCUUUGGAUGCCAACCCUUCUUUCUUUGAACUUUAAAACCUACAAAUCUACAGUUCAGGGGCCAGUUUGGACUAGGAAAGCUCAAACUAUCUUUCUUUUCUCUCCUUUAUGUGUUUCCAUACGUAUUUGUUGGCUUUUGGCACUCUAUUUCUUGCUUUUGGUUAGUGAUUUUACUUAUAUCCAAAAAGUGCAUAUCUUCCAAGAUAGUGAUUCUCUUACAUUUCCUUCGAGUGGACUCCUGACUGGGAAAUUUUCUUCCAUUAUCUGAAACAGUGUGGCAAUGUGAAGCUCAUAUUGAAGAACAAAGUAUAUAUUGCUCUGUUCUCUUCCUGCCACUGAACCCUGGGAUAAUAGGACUAUUGAAUUACUUGUUUCAUAACAGCGCUGUUGUUUAUAGAUCUUAUAGUGGUGGGUCACAAACGAGUAUUUCAUAUCAUAAAUACGCUGCGUCUUUUGUCAUCACCUUUUUACUUCUUCUAGUACAUAUUUGCAUGUCCCCUGGCCUUGUCUUGCUCUAUAACUUGUGUUGGUACGUGUAAGGAAAUUGUAUAUAUGCAUCUAGUAUAUUGACAUUGGUGAUGCCAUUUACAAUGGGUCCUUUUGGACCCUUGACCUCAGCCUUUUUGAUCUGGGAAUCAACCAGCUCUCUUUCAGGGUCUGAGUGAAUAGUUGAUAAUCUCAAGCCCAAGUCCCCUGCUUUGACAUGUUUCUUUCCGUUAGUCUGCACCUCUGCUUCAGAGAAGGUCUAAUAUGUCCAUUUCAAUUUUUCUUAGACAUACGAUGGUGACAUCAAGCUAGAGCCAAUUCCUCUCUGAGAUAGAGGCUAGUGAUUACGAGAGGGCAAUCACGUCAUUCCUUUAUCAAAUAUUGCUGAUAAAACUCUUUGUGAAGAUUAGUGCAGCAACUAAUUUGGUCUAUCUAUGAAAUAUGAAGUCAGAGAAUGGAAUGCUUCCACCUGAAUAGAUACCCUUUAGUUAAUGGACUUGCUUUUUAUUUAUUUUCGUUUUUUUUGGGUAAGCACUAGGUUCUAUCCACAUUCUAUGGACUAUCAUUUCUUUUCAUCAUUUAUGCCUCAUUUUUGUUUUCUGCUUUUUGUGACAAUUCUUUAGGUUCUUGGAGCAGCAAUGUUUUACGUGAAGGUGGGAGAUGCUACUAUGGUUUAUACAGGAGACUACAACAUGACGCCUGACCGUCAUCUUGGUGCUGCUCAAAUUUGUCAUUUGCCUUUGGACCUCCUUAUAACUGAGUAAGAAUGCUAUCCUUCGUCAGGGUUAUAAUUUGUUUUUGCUUAGGAUCUUAGACUGUAACUACAUAUCUUCAGGAUUCUCGAUGAUUUUUUUAAGCUAUAGCAAUGUUCCUCCCUAAUUAGUCCUCUCGUUUAAUGACAAGAGUUACUUUUACAUGUAGGCAUAAUAUAUGCAAUAAAAAUAAAUCACACCGAAAAAUGGAAAAUUAAUAGUUAUUGUUUUAAGAAAUCUUGCCCCAUCAUAUUCUGGAGAAUUGGGUUAUCAGACCUAUGAAGACAACCUGAUUUACAUACACAUCACAGGAGGCUUAAUUUUAAGUCUGAAAAUGGGUGACGUCUGGGGGAAUGAAGUUGUAUCAUCGGAUAUUGUGUUUUUUUGGAGAAUAUACUGAUAAGUGAGAUUUACAUAAAAGAUAAUGAGCGUCGUUGGAUUCUACGAUCAUAAGUACUAAAACAGUUGAUGGAAAUUCUCAACAUGCUAGGCACUGAAAGCGUCGUACAUGAAAGUAUGGAAAAGACAUUGUGAAGAUGGGAGCAGAGUUGACAUAUAAAAAGGGAUCAGGCACUUUGUGGCUCAUUUGAUAUGCAAUACUUUGACUGUUUGGAAGGGACAGAAUAACCACUUUCAGUUGUAUGAACCACUAGGUUGUUAGAGUUUGUCUUUUAUAUUAGUUAAAAGUGGAUAAAAGUUGUGCUGUCAUUUGAGAAUCCUGAAAAUUUGAGAAACAUACUCUAUUGUGUGUAUGCCUUCUGAUAUUGAACAUGAGUUCUUUUCUUCUUUUUUGAGAGCCGAUGGUAUAAAUGUGUAUUGAAUUUUGUUUUCUUUCAUAAUUAAUGAUUUCAUGUUGCUAUCUUACUUAAGAAACAACUGGGGAACCGAAUGGAAAACGUUUUGCUCUAAAAAUCGUCAGGUGAAAUAUCAAGGGAGAUGUGCAUAUCAAUCAACUCUGGGGUUCAUCGGAAACACCAGUAUUUUGAUACAAUGGUUGAAUGAACUGUCUGCUAUGGAAAAAUAUUUUGAUUGUUAUUUAACAUCAGAUGGUUCAUAUUCUCCAUUUGCCAAGAAAGGAAUUUAUUUGAACUGCUAAGUUGUUUUGAGAUAAUGAACAGCCGACAUUCUAACGGCUGCCAGAGUAGAUCUAGGAUGGAAAUAUCAACAUCUUUACUCAUUUCACUCAAUGAAGCCCCUUAGAUCUCUGGAUAUAUGAGUCAUUUUGAGGAGCAGAUAUCCGUAUCAAAAAGCAUCCAGUGAAAACUUCAACUGCUGUUAUUAUUAUGUUGCUCUUCAGCCCACUAUUUUCACGCCGCAUUCAUUCUUUCUCGUGAUGUUGGUCCUUUAUAUUUAUUUCCUGGAUUUUUUUUCUUGUCAAGAAAACAUUCUUUAGUAACUCCAGUGCAUUUGUGAUUGUUCUCUCUCUUUUUUUUUUCUUGUUGUAGAUCAACAUAUGCAACAACAAUACGUGAUUCAAAAUAUGCUCGAGAGAGGGAGUUCUUGAAAGUUGUAUGACCACACCUUCCUGACUGUAGUAUUUUGGAGAAAACACGUCCAUACAUUGAUGCAGUAGUACACUUCAUAUUUCAUUUAUUUCCACUCAAAAUUUUAGAAUUAUUUAAAUUGUCAAUGUAUUUUUGGUCUUUGCCCUCUCUAGUCAGUAGAUCUCUUUGAUCAAUUAAUAUCUCAAGGUUGCGUGGGUCACAUUGAUUGCUUAUCUCAUUUCUGCAGUAGUUGGGGUUUGAAAAACUCUCCAGCUUAUUUUGGGACCGGAGAACAAUGUUGGAUGGAACUGGUUCAGUUUUCAAUGUUUUUGAACUAGAAUCUGCUAGCGUUUUAAAAUGAUUUUUUUUAAAGAUCUAUGGAGAUGACUGAAUUUGGUCUGAUUUAAAAUCUGGUUACAUUUGAAAAAUAACUUAAUUCUAUUUAUUCGGAAUAACCACCUUGAUAAUAUUAUAAAUAUUCACUCUAUUUUACUAAUACUUUAACUACAUUUAAAGAGAAAAAGUUGAAUUACUUUUAUAGAUAAAUGAAUUCUUUGCAAACAACUAGAAAUUUUUUACCCCUGAUCCUUUUAGUCCUAAAUUCGAUUGUUUUGGUAUUCAAGUGAGGUAUGAUAUUGAUAUUAUAUACCUUUGCAGCAUCACAGGGUUUUAUACCUGAUAGAAGUUGGGGAAUGCUUCAAGUUUUCAGGGCUUUGUCUGCAUGGUAGUCAGAAUAUCUAACUGGACAGAACUUGAUCCAAGUAGGCUUUGGAUGAUAGUUUAUGAGAAAAAAAAGACCGCUAUUAACUUGUUUUUUCCUAUGAUGUUUCUGGUAGCUUGAGUGUAUUCGAUUUUGUCAACAAGAGCUUCUACUGAAAGUUCAUCAACAGGAGCUUCUUGAUAAUUAACCAGCUACCCGAUUUUCUCUUAGCAACAUUAUUUUGUCUUAGUAUUGCUUGUGCACUUCUUUAAUUCUUGCCAUCUGGAAUUCCGUGCCUUGAUUCAGUUAAUUUAUCUAUAUUGCCUGAUGCUGUGAAUAAAUGUUUGCUCUUUUAGGUUCUUUAUAAAAUGCUCUUAAAAAGUUAUUGAUAUUGGUUUCCAUAAUUGAUAUUCAGGUUCAUAAAUGUGUUUCUGGGGGAGGGAAGGUCCUUAUUCCAGCGUUUGCUUUAGGCCGUGCACAGGUGAAACAGUUUGAGAGACUCUUUUUAAGUUCUACUGGUUUUUUGGUCAUUUUUUAGACUAUUUUCUGGUCUACACUGUUCCCCAUACUCUUGAUGUUUCCUUACUGUAAAUAUUAGAUUUUGUAUUUCUUAUGAUCGAAUAUGCUGUAUCCCGUAAUUCGUUCAUUCUGUUGUUUGCGAAAAACAUCUUUUUUAAUACUGUCCACAUUUUAUAAUCAUUUACUACUAUAGAAAACAAUUCUAAUCCUUAGACUGUACAUCCUUUUGCUUAGCAAAGCUUUGUCCUUUUCAUACAGGAGUUAUACCAUCCUUUCUCUGUUCUAGCCAACUCAAAUUAUGGUCUUCAAAGUGAUUUUGUAGUUCGGUGACGAAGUCAGCUGUUUAAGGAGAAAGCAAAGGCGCAUAGAACUUGCUGUAAAAGAAAUUAGGGUUCCCUCCUUACCCUUCGAAAAGAGAAAGGAAAAAGAAGUGAAAAGUCCUAGUGAUGUAUCAAGGAUGGUGAGAUUGAGGUUUAUCUAGGUAGCUAUGAGAUCUCAAAAAGCAAAUGAAUCUUAAAACUCUUUUUGGCAGUGGACUUCAGAAGGAAUGGACUGGUUAUGAGAAUUUUAGUUGUGAGAAUCCCUAAACGCAAAUCCUGAACUGGUAUCCAAGAACAUAUCGUAGAUGUGAGAAUUUUAUUUGCUCUGUUGGGUCCUAAAAUGAGGAAUCUGAUUUUUUCCCUAAUAAGUAAACCCAUAACACGUAGUUCAGAACAAUAUGCUUUCUGCCUAUUUCUUUUUACAUAUUAAACUCUUUUGAGCUUGAACAUAUCGCAAUUGAAGUGCAUACAGCAGUUUGUCACUUUAUUGGUAUCUUGCCUUCUAAUGGUUGGUCAGGAAUACAUUUUUGCUAUGUUUUUGAGCUUAAGACUUGCCUUGAUUUCAAGAUGACCUUAGUGUUUGUUGAUUCUGAUCAGCUUUUUUUCUGAAUCAGGAACUCUGCAUUCUAUUGGAUGAUUAUUGGGAGCGCAUGAACCUUAAUAUUCCUAUCUACUUUUCAGCCGGUAGCAUCAUUAUAUAAUCAACAUUUUUUCACGUACAUCCAAAAAAGGACGUCGUAUUUUCUUUCCUGUGAAAAUCUUCAUGCUAUCAUGGUCAUGGUCAUUAUCAGUAUCAUUAUCAUCCUUUCAUCGUCAUCAUCAUUUUAAGUCCAAGCUGAUUUUAGUCGAGAUCACGGAUUCUACUGCAUAAAUCUGCAGUCUUCAUUUUCCAAAUGUUCAUAUAUCUCAGAUCUUUUCAAUUUAAAUUUGUAGAAGUCUCUCAAAAUUGAUUUUCGAUUUCUUAAAAAGUGCCUGUGUCAACACUGAAUACUUGUCUAUUACAUACAUUAAAUAUAUUAAGUGAAUUCAUCACGUCAGUAAAGCUGCUUCUCUAGGACCUAUUGUAUUUCCGUUACCUGCUCAAAGGUGCAUAUACUGUUACGGAAUGCUAGUCAGAAGGGGCAUCAUAAGUGGACAUUAAGGAAUGGUUUUUCCUUGACCAACUAUUUUGGAUUACAAUAUGAACUAUAGUUGCAAUACCGGACUAUGUGGUUCUUUUGAGGAUCUGGUUUAGAUAAAUCUUGGGAGCUUCUGAACCUUUGUAGAGUGCCAUCAGUUUUUCUAUUGAUCGUUCUUGGACUUUGUUGACCCAGAAUUUUCUAAAUAUGAAGCCUCAUCUUGAACGUAUGACAGCGAAAAUUUAACUUCACAAGUCUAAGUUUCAAGAAACUCUUUACUAAGUUGUUCCCAAAGACCCUGAAAAAUACAGCUCCUUAUACUUCUUCAUUGUGAAAUUGGGUCUGCAAUGGGUGCAAACUGGAGUAGAGGCUUGGAAUCGUUGGCCAUUCAAUACGUCAUUUUACCCUAGAAAGUUGAAGUAUGUGUGAACAAGAGACAUUUGAGAGGAUGCCAGGUAGAUGCUGUGUCACAAAAUGUUCUACAUUGUGUGGAUGCUAAAGAACGAAAUUUCCUUGUAUAGUAAAUUCAAGAAGAUGGAGGUGAAUCUUGCCUUUCAGAAUUUAACCUAAACCUUCGAAAUUAAGAUACAAACCAUAGGAGUGAGAGGACGUGUAAAGAAAAUGCAAAUAGAGAAGAAUGAAAGGAUUAGACUUAUUCUGUCAGUUGUCCAGUCUACCACACUCCCUAUGUUUCUCCUUGUGAAUUCACUCUGCUAUUAUUUCGCCUUCAUACAACCAGUUGUUGAUAUUGUACUAGCUCACCGAUCUAAAUUCUCUCUUAUUGAUCCACACAAGAACUAUUCCCAAACUCUAACAUGCCUGCAAGAAAAUCAUGUUGGAAUGACUAAUUGAACUGGCGCUAGAUUGUCGAAACCCUUGUCUUUGCCACAGAAAUACUAUCUCAAGUUAUGACUCCUACAUUCUUUCCACAUAAACGUGAAACAGAUAGCAUAAAUCAAGCCUUAUUUCAAAGCCCCACUUUGAACUCGGGAUAUUUACGGCCCUCAAAAUAUAGGAAACAGGAUGAUAAGAACCCAGACCAAAGAAAUACAAAUAAUUCGUAUUAGAUGAAAGAAACAAUCUCUAGAACAGAAAUAAAUAAAUAUAAAGCACAGUAAAAGAACCCAGAACAGAUGGAGGGUCGCAUACAACCCUCUAACCCCUUUCUCGUAGAUGCAUGAGAUCUAACACCAAUUUUCUUCCUCCUCUCCUUCCUGAUCUGCCCAUCCUUAUAUCCUCUCCUUUCCCUCUCUUAUUUGGGCAGUUAGUCUCUUGCCAUAACUGCUCUUACCAUAACCGCUCUUUGCCAUAACUGUUCCUUGUCAUAUUGUUCCUUGCCAUAGUUGUGCCUUCCCUCAAUCAUGCUAACAGUCAUUGACUCAUUGGGCUUUGGGCCUUCUUCCUUCUAGCAUAUGUGCGUGGAGCCUUAUCAAUACUCCCCCCCAUGAGCUUCACCUUGUCCUCAAGGUGGAAGUCUGAAAAUUGCUGGUGGAGGUGUGAAGCUAGUUCCCACGUAGCUUCAAAAUUAGGGAGAUCAGCCCAUUUGACCAAGACUUCUGUGUCAAAAGAGGAAUUUCAAAUGGUGAGGAUAUCUUGGGGGGUCACAUUCCAUUCCAAAGCAUCAGUCAGUAUGCUUGGAAUUGGUUGACAGUAAGCAGAAUUCCCUAGUGCUUUGCGAAGUUGAGAAAUGAGAAAAAUUGGGUGAAUAGUUAUGGAGUUGGGAAGUUCUAAUUUUAUGUCAUCUGGCCAACGCGCUCCUUGAUAGGGCAAGGGCCAAAAAAUUUGGGAUUCAGUUUUUCAUUAGCUUUCUUGGCUAAUGAUUUCAUACGAUAAGGUCAGAGCUUGAUAUAAAUCAAGUCUCUCACUUGAAACUCUAUGUCUCUUCAAUGUUUUUCAGCUUGUGCUUUCAUCUUGGACUAUGUGGCCAAGAGAUGUUCCUUGAGAAGUUGAAGUGUACCAUCUCUUUCUUUUAGAUAAGUGUCAACUGCAUUAGUUGUUGACAUAGGAGAUCCAUAAUGUAAGUGUGGGAGGGUCCCAUCCAUACACUGCUUUAAAGGGGUCAUCUUGAUGGCAGAAUGAUGAGAAGUGUUGUAACUAAGUUCAGCUCAAUGUAACCAGUCACUACAUAACUUAGGUUUAUCAUAAGUAAAGCAUGAGAGAUAAUUCUCUAAGCUUCGGUUCACCACCUAUGUUUGCUCAUUUGUUUAUGGGUGAUAGGAAGAACUCAUUUUCAAUUCUGUGCCUUGAAAUUUGUUGAGUGAUUUCUAAAAAGUGCUGGUAAAUACAGUCCCUCUAUGAGUCACAAUAGAUCUUGGAAUGCCAUGCAGCUUGAUGAUUUAUUUUGCAAAGAUCUGGACAAUGUCUUUGGCUGUGAAUGGAUGUUUGAGGGGUAUAAAGUGUCAAAAUUUGCUGAAUUUGUCUACUCUGACGAGAAUGGAGUCAUUGCCUUUGGAUUUAGGUAGACUCUCUAUAAAAUUCAUGGAGAGGUCUUCCCAGAUCAUAUUUGGAAUAGGCAAGGGCUGCAAAAGUCCUAUUGGUGACAAGGUCGAAGCCUUAUUCAAUUGACAGAUAAUGUAUUCAUUAAUAUGCUGUUUGAUCUUUUUCUUCAUGCCAGGCCAAUGGACGUGCUGAGUAAUUCGUCAGUAGGUUUUAUAAAAAUCCAACAUUACCUCCUAAUGGGCUGUCAUGAAAUUCACGUAGUAAUGUGGAGAGAAGAGUAAAUAUAAGAGGUAACACCAGUCGACCUUUGUAGAGAAGUGACCCUUGUUGAAUUGAGUAAUGUGGAAAAGAAGUUGAGCCUUCUAUUUGUGAUUUUGAUUUUGGACAAUUGUGAGUCAUCUUUCACUUCUUUGUUGAUUGUGGUUACAUCCACUCCUUGUGCAAUGCACAUGGGUGCCACCCUGCCUCUCCCAAUUGUGGUGCUCUAGAUAGUGUAUUUACAACUGCAUUCUUCUUGCCUUCCUUAUAUUGUAUUUGAAAUUAAAUCUCAUUAGAUUAGUGACCCAUUUGUGAUAUGUUGAGUGAAUUUCUUUUUGGUCAAAUAUGAAUUUCAAACUAUAUUGGUUUGUCCGAAUGAUGAAAGGGUGGAGCAUGAGAUAAUGCUUUCAUUUCUAAAUUGCCGUCACAAUGGCAAUGAGUUCUCUUUCUUAGGUUGACUUUAGACAAGAGUGUUCCUUGAAGGCAUGAUUGAAAUAAGCUACUGGUUGUCCUUCCUGCAUCAAUACUGCACCUAUGCCGUGCCCUAAAGCAUAUGUCUCAACUAAGAAUUUUUGAGAGAAAUUAGGCAGGGCCGAAACUGAUGUGGAAGUCAUCGCCAACUUUAGUUUAUAGAAAGCUUCUUGAGCAUCAGAGUCCUAAUGAAAAUAAUUUUUCUUGAGCAAUCUAGUUAGGGGCCAUGAUAAAGUGGCAUAACAUUUGACAAACCAACGAUAAUAGCCAGUCACUCCUAAGAAUCCUUGUAAUGCUUUCAAAUUCGCAGGAGUAGGCCAGUCUCAUAUUGCUGCAAUUUUUCCUUGAUUUGUAGAUACUCCGUCUGUAGAAAUCCAGUGGCCGAGGUAUUCCAAUUGAGAUUGCUUGAAUUGACAUUUUUUUCAUUGACAUAAAGGCUAUUAGCUGCAAGAAUAGGACAUUAUCCAAAUGCUCAUCAUGUUCUUGAUGAGUCUUGCUAAAUACUAAGAUAUCAUCAAAAAAUAUCAAUACGAAUUUCCAUAUAUAAAGUCGAAAUAUAUCAUUCAUUAAGUAUUGAACUGUGGUUUGGGCAUUAGAGAGCCCGAAUGGCAUAACCUUAAAUUCGUAAUGACCCUCAUGAGUCUUGAAAACGGUUUUCUGGAUGUCUUUUUGUUUCAUACGGAUUUGAUAGUAACCAGACUUCAAAUCUAGUUUAGAAAAAAAUGACAGUCCAUGCUGCUCUUCCAACAACUCAUCAACAAUAGGAAUAGGGAACAUAUUUGGAAUCGUGGAUUUAUUUAAGGCCCUGUAAUCAAUAUAGAAUCGCCAGUUGUCAUCCUUUUUUUUUACAAGUAGUAUGUGACUAGCAAAUGGACUUUUAGAAGGUUGAAUGAUGCCUACAAUACAUAGUUCAUGGACAAGCCGUUCUAUUUCAUCCUUCUAAAAUUAUGUGUACCUGUAUGGGUGUAGAUUAAUAUGCUGAGUACACGGUAAUAAAUUGAUGGCAUGAUCAAUUGUUCUUUAUAGAUGAAACCUUGACAAAACUUCAAAGACUUGUGGGAACCAUUUCUGUAGUCUGACCACUAUCUAUGACUAUUUUAGUGGGGAACUAAAAUCCAGUGCGGUACCUAACAAUUGGUGUAAUUCUAGUGGACAUAUGUGGCUUCUUUUUAAUUCACAUUCUAUUGCUUUGAAAGAUAUUGUUGUUUUGUUUAAAACUUGCAUCCCCAUGAAUGGUGUAGAUCGUGUUGUUCAGCAUAAAUUUCAUGAUUAAUUGCCCAUAGUGUGAAUGUAUCCACCCUAGUGUUUUAUGCCACUAUAUUCCUAGUAUGACAUUUGUGCUACUUAGAUCAAGGGAUGAAAAUCUUGAAUAAGGAGGAGAUCAUGGAUUUUGAGUGGAAUGUUAUGGCAUAUCCCAUGACCUUGCACGGUAUGCCCAUUGCCCAUCACAACACCAUAGCUAUAGAAUUCGUUGACAUAUAAGGAUAGCUCUUCCCGCAGCUUAUUACAGACGAAAUUAUGGGUAGCACCAGUGUCUAUAAGAAGAAUGGUUACCUGUUUAUCUUGCACGAUGCCUUUUACCUUCAUAAUCCGAUGCUGAGUCAAUCUCAUGACGGAAUUUAAUGAGACAUGGGCUGUGAAUAUACCUUCCUCUUGUGAGCAAUGCUCUAGUGGAGCCUAAUCUUCCUCUUGGAAGUCUUUUUGGGACUUUUCCUCCUCCUAGACAAUAAGUAAAUUAAGGUCCUACCUGGAUCUGUGGCCUGGUCCAAACUUGUCAUUACAAUAGAAACAUAGUCCUUUGUUCCAUCUUUCUUGUAGUUUAGCUUCUGUCAAUUAUAUCUAUCUUCUAUUUCCCCUGUUAUUGCUCAUAUUUUGUGGAGUAUAUGUGAACGUCUUAUCUUUACUUGAGGCACUAGCUGUGGUCACUUGGGUUUUCUCCAAAUUAGAUUGCUCAUUUCUGAAAUUAGAUAUCAGAGGAGGCCUUUCUUGGUGUGGAGCAUAAGCAGCUAUGACAUGUUUGGGUGGUCGUGGUUGUUCUUGCUUCCAUGCUUGCCAUAGAGUACGGAUAUGAGCUUCGGCCUACACUGAAGUAUUCAUAAUUUCACGUAACCCAAUAGGCUUGGACAUAGAUAAUUCUGAUUGGAUCUCAAGCUUGAGUCUUUUCAAAUAGGUAUGCUCUAGUAUUUAUGUUGGUAUGUUCGGAAGAUAGGUUGAGAGUCAUUCAAACUCUACCUUAUAUUCCAACAUGGAACUCUCUUGUUUCAUGUUCAAAAGUUUCUGAUACGUGUUGUUAGCUGCUGAUGAACCAAAUCGAUCACUAGGAUUUUAAAAUCAUACCAAUCACGGAAUGGAAAGCAAUCUUUCAUCCACAGAUACCAAUCUAGGGCAUCACCCUCCAUGCUCAGCAUUAUUACUUCUAAACGAUCAUGUUUUGGCAUUGGCUAAUACGAAAAUACCUCUCAGCCCAUGGUAACCAUCCAUUUGGAUUAUCGCCAGUGAAAUUUGGAAGCUCAGUCUGGCAGUUGGGCUUAUAAAUACCCUCCCUUUGCUCCGGAUUUUGGAGUGAGUGUGGUUCUGGUUGUCUCUGGGACUACUCCGAUGGAGGUUCAUGUGGUAGGCGUGUCAUCAAAUCUGCUAGUUGUUGGGUGACUUGUUGUAGCAUUUUUUUUGUACCCCUCUUGUCUUCCUUAAGAGCUUCAAGAUCAGCUUCCAAAGAUUCCAUCCUCGCAAUAGUAAGCCCUUUAAUCAUACAGGAAUAACCCAGUCUGGCUCUGAUACCAAUGAUAAGAACCCAGAUCAAAGAACUAUGAAUAAUUUGUAUUAGAUGAAAGAAACAAUCUCUAGAACAGAAAUAAACAAAGAUAAAGCACAGUAAAAGAACUCAGAACAGAUGGAGGGUCGCAUACAACCCUCCAACCCCUUCCUUGUAGAUGCAUGAGAUCUAACACCAAUCUUCCCCUUCCUCUCCUUCCUGAUCCGCGCAUCCUUAUAUCCUCUCCUUUCCCUCUCUUAUGUGGGCAGUAAGUCUCCUGCCAUAACUACUUUUGCCAUAACUACUCUUUGCCAUAACUGUUCCUUGCCAUAGUUGUGCCUUCCCUCAAUCAUGCUAACCGUUAUUGACUUAUUAGACUUUGGGCCUUCUUCCUUCUAGCAUAUGUUUGUGGACCCUUAUCACAGGAUAAUUUUUUUGAAAUGUUUAUGAGUUAAAAUACGUUUCCUCUUAGGCUUUAACAUUUUAGAGUUGUUAAAGGAGUUUGAAUUGACAUCUAAAUCCGUUUUUUAAUUUUAUAGGCUUCUUCUAUGUAUUGUUGUCUUCACUGGAAACCAUUCCAAGACUAGCUUCAAUGGUUUAAAUGACUAGUUUCAAGGCUGUUAUCACACUUGGAAAGUGGGACUGAAGCCCAAUAUUGAUAUAACGGUGCACAUUGAUCCACCCUGAAAGACCCUUCACCAUAGGACAUCAAUUCGUAACAGUGUAUCAGACGAUUCUGUAGACUAUUUUCCGCCCUUUGGCAUUGGGUUUGACCCCUAAGCCAUUCUACUUCGAUUUGCGUCAUUUUUUGGUUUCAUAAAAUCUCAUCGCUUUGUUCUUAAACUUAUAUACAAGAUUCAUAAUGGUGAGUGCCAAUUCUUUGACUCUGGCGUUAGGAUUCCAAGACCGCCACCUAGAGAGCAACAGAAAAUAUGUGCAGGAAAAAAACAGUUUCAUUCCUAGUGCUGUUCUGAAGUACAGAUGUUAAUGGUUCCAACAAGUCCCAAUGAAUCCAUAUUAGAUUUCAUAGGGACAUAACAGAAAUAAAAGAAAGUAAUAAACUCAAAGAAACAAAUAGGACGAAAUCUAGUGAAUGUUGACUGUUAGUAUCAAAUUAAGGUUAUGAAAUUCAAAUUUUCUUGGGUAACAUGUUUUCUUCGUACAUCAUUUGGAAUUUUGUUUGGCAUUUGGCUUUUUUUCUUGAGGGUGGUUGGUACUCUUUAUAAAUUUGUCAGUUCUUACUGAUAACCUAAAUGUGACAAGCUAUUUCAUGGGUGAUAAAAAGAUUCACAAUUAUCUCCAUCCAUAUAAUGUCUACAAACAAUGCUCUUGCUGUUCCUUUGCGUAUUGCUUUGGAACUUCUUCCCAUUGUUCGUUUCUAUCAAUUUUAGUUAAAUCCUAGAUGUCUAAGAAGAUGAAUGUGGAUUCACUCCUCUAUCCUUUUUCUUGUCUCAGGUAUAUUUUUAAUGAAUCAUUAUUUUCAUCAUCUAGAGCCUGUUGAUUAUCAUCGCUCUAAAUCGGUUCUAUUUAUUCGUUUGAGGUUCUUUUUCCUUUUUUUCUAUGCUAUUUCUGCACAUGCGCAGAUCCUCCCAUACUGAGAUUCAAAUGUAUGCUCAAACAACCUUGAAGUUUAGCACGUUAGACUCUGUAAUUGAGAUAUUUAAUAAGAGUGUGUCUAAGGUUUAAAGUCUAAGACCUUUGCCUUUCUGAAAGUAAGAGCUCUAAGUUAUAGAUUUCUAGGAUGAAUUCUACUCAGUUCCCCUCAUGUUGUCUAACAACCAUCAGGUUCAAACGCCCAAUUCGUUCUAUCUGCUUAUGUUUACAUCCUGUGUUUGGUCAAACAAAUUAUAUUUAACAAUAUUUGACCCAAAUAUAUAUCUUUAUUUGUUUAAGAACAUGCACACUAAAACGUGUCAUAUAAAUCCAAAUUCAAUUCAAAUGAUAAAUCCAGUUGUCUAUUGAAAUUUCAAGACUUCAAAAACAUGAACACUAUAUUCAAAUAAUCAGGAAUAUAAUUGGAAUAAAUUCAAUUUUAUUUUAUAUUUUAUAAAUAUAUCAUUUUUAUUGCUUAACCACGGUCCUACUUUCCAAUUUCUACUUUGUUUUAUUUCCCAGGUUUGACAAUUCAAGCGAAUAUGUAUUAUAAGACGUUUAUUGGGUGGACUAGCCGUAGGAUAAAGGAUACUUCUGCCAUAAAAAAUGCAUUCGACUUCAAACAUGGUAUGCUUACCCAGUUUAGAAAAGUUUAUUGCGCUGAAUUAUAAUUCAUGAAUGACUUAAUUAUUGAAAAUGACUUUGGUUUUUCUAUUCGAAAGUACUGUUUUGGUACCUUGAUGAGCCUAAUUUAACUGUCUCUUAUUUUUAUCCUAGGAUUAUGGAGAUGUAUGGGUUUACAUUUCACGUACAUCAAGCAUGUACAAUUGGCAGAUCUCGAUAUUAAUCAUAUAGUUCGACCUGAUGAAAGAUUUUAAUCAUCCUAAGGCCCUUAUCAUGAUGAAGUUUAUUUAUUUAGCAGUCAACGAAUUUGUUAAAGUGGGGUACGGACAUAUAGCUCUUACAAGUGUAUGUCAUGUACGCGAACAUUGUUCCCCUUUUUGAUACCCGUGUUCUUCUCCUUUUUAUCAGCUAGUUAAUCUUUGAUCGUCAUUAAUGGAUCGUCAUGUCUCAAAUAUGUACUGAAUGUAGGAUUCAACAGUGUUAAUACUUAUGUGGAUCAAUAAUGAAGGUUAUAGCCUGUCAUUGAUUACUAUAAUAUACUUUAAUCUAAUGCUAGAUAGUUCGACAUGAUGAGGCACUUUCAUUUCCUUUCGAAGAUCUCAUUAAUGGAGCACUACUGUUGAUUGGAGCUGGAACCAGUUUGAUUGUCAGACAAGUGACAAAUUAUAGCUAAUUUAUUGCAAUAAGUGUGUGCCAAUAACUGUCAUACCUGGGGAUAAUCAUCUUUGUUUUUGGAUGAAUUUGGGGAUAACAUUGUGGGAAAGGGUAUCCUUUGAUUAUGUAAGAUACAUUGUUGUAAUUCUUCAUGUCCAUCGUGAGGCCAACCAAGUUGACUCAGUGCUGGCUUAACGAGGCAAGGGCCAAGGGCAUGGCAAAGAAACUCUCACGGUUUAACAAAUCUCUGACAACUUUCAUGCAGAACAAAUGGAUCUAUCAUAAUUGUUCGAUUAACGAAUAUUCGCUUCAAAUUUUUUUAUUUCUUUGAAUAUGUAAAACCAUGUGAUUUUUAUUAUAUCCUAUUGAUUUUUGGUAUUUUUGUUUUGAAGCACAGGCUAGGAAAGAAUAUUAAAGAUGUUUGCAGAAGCGAUCUAGGAAACUUUAGAAUGAUUGAUGUUUAGUGCUUUCUAAUUCCGUGGACAUCUUCUUUCUUUAUGCCUAUUGGUGUUUUUUAUUUUUAACCUCAGUCAUAUGUUGUUUCAGUAUGCCCAUUCAAGCCAUCGAUGAUUAAUGAUCCCGGUCCAUGUGUUCUCUUUGCCACUCCUGGAAUGCUUACUGGUGGCUUCUCUGUUGAAGUAUUCAAACAAUGGGCUCCAUCUGAGAAGAACCUUGUCACAUUACCUGGGUGAGUCUUUAUUUAUCUGAUGAGAACAUUUAGUUUGGGAAGGCAAUCAAAACUGGUCUGUACUACAUUUCAACUGAAAGCAGCAACUUGUGCAAAAGUAAUAGCCUCUCCGCCUCUAAACUGUUGUCAUCAAAUCCCAUCAGUAGCAAUUCCUCUGUGAGAAUAAAACGCUUUCCUCCCCCAACACCUCGUCGAUCAUAUAACUGGCCAGACUUUGAAACACGCUACUUGAAUACUUUUACCCUUUCGAAGCAUUACAAAGGUAUUUUCUGAGGCAUCUGGCCAGCAAUCUUCUGAAUAUUUCUUUUACGAAAAUUUAGGUCGCCUGUCCUAUCUAACACCGGCAUCAUACCCUAAUCAGUAGUUAGAUAUGAACCUUACCCGAGAAACGUUGUUUUUUGUUUUAAUUUUACUUUGUUGCCCCUGCUUCAAUCAGCAUGAAAAUUACCUCGUCAAUUUUUUUUUCUGAGUUGGUUCAUAUCCUGUAGACCUCACCUACUAUUAUUGCCUAUUUGGGCUCAUUGAUUUGGAACGGAUAGGUUCAGAACUCAAAAAUAUUGAUGUUUUUUUCCCACCCAAGUGGUUGGAAUACAGUCACCUCACAUAACUUUGGUGUAUCAUACACUCAGCUCCCGGAGGGCAAUCCUUUUAAUCUGGUUGGAACUUUCUGUUUUGAUCUGCCUGGCUAUUGCUUUUAUGUGAACCCAUGAUCGCUAAACCCAGAUCAUUAACAUCAGCCGAUGUUGAUGUUAUGACCUAUUUUAAUUUGAACGGAAAUAUGUAAAUAACCGUCAUUCUUAUAUCGUUCACAUUUCCUCUCUCACCUUUUCAGUUAUUGUCUUGCUGGAACAUUGGGCCAUAAAUUAAUGUCAGGUAAAGCCACUACAGUUGAUCUGGACAAGGACACCCGCAUUGAAGUGCGAUGCCAGGUGUUUGUUUCACACUACUUUUAAUUGCUUUCUAAUAAUUUUAAUUUGUCGUAAUAUGUUCAAAAUAAGAACAUAAUUCGUGAGCAUAAUUUUAGUGGAAUUAAGUCGAUGUAUCCUCACUGAAGUAUUCGAAAUGUUCAAUUUCCCUCUUCAUGCCAAUUUCAAGUUAGUUUUUUUCUCUAGCUUGGAUCAUUGAAUGCUUGAUUCAACAAAAUGUGAGCUCCUAGACAUAAAAUGCCAUUGGUGUUGCAGAAUAUCUUGGCCCAAUGUCGGAUUCAGCACUGAUCAUAGGUUGGCCCUUCACUUAGGCGUAAGUCUCAUCAUCAGAGAAUUAUGUUGGAUAUUACCACCUAAUUGAGGACCUUACGAUAGCAAUCGCUUGCUAACAUCAUACUAAAUGUAGGAAGUAUAGCUUCGAUCUUGCCCUUGACUAGAGAUAGGAAUGAUCAAGUCAAGCAGUCUGACUUGGUCAGACAAUUGUGCCUAUUUUUGUUUUGGGUCAGACAAGCCAAGCUGCCUCAGCCGAAAAACCAGAGGUCAGGUCCGAAUUUACCUAGAUAUAUUUUCGGUUGUGGUGUUCUCUUACUUUUUAUUAUGAUAUCAUUAAUGCAUUUCAAUUUCCAACGCAUUCUUAGCUUCAUCCACUUUGCUUCUUCACACUAAACUCGGUCAGACCACUUGUUUUCAUCUUCUUUUUUUCCUCCUUUCUUUUAUUUCCUGUGCUCUAAUAAGUUUUUUCUUUCAUUAGAUUCAUCAGCUCUCCUUCAGCCCUCACACAGACGCCAAAGGGAUAAUGGAUCUGGUCGGAUUUCUCUCACCAAAGCACGUAAUCCUUGUGCACGGAGAAAAGCCCAAAAUGGCCUCGUUGAAAGGGAGGAUCGAAUCUGAACUGGGCAUCCAAUGCUGCUACCCUGCGAAUGGAGAAACCGUUCUCAUUCCAACAGCCCAGUUGGUCAAAAUCCAUGCCUCGAAAGCUUUUAUAAGAAGCCACACUAAUUCAAACUUCCAUAGCCUAACCGCUGACGGUGUUGACCUUUCCCAUUCUGGAUCAACACCGAUAUCACCCACAGAAGGGGAAACAGUAGUUGAAGGUAUCCUAAUAAUGGAGAAGACGAAAAGAGCAAAGGCUGUACAUAAUAAUGAGCUUUUGGAGAGCCUCUCCGUGCUGGAAAACAAGGUUCAGUUUGCCUACUGUUGUCCUGUGUACAUAUGCAGCUUGGAACAGAUGCCAUCGAAUCAAUUGACUUGCAGUACAUCAUCUGCUGGAGGGAAGAUUGAAGACCCUUGGCUCAGUUUAUUAUUUCUAAAACUGAAGGAGAAAAUUGAUUGCACAAGUGCCGGACUGGGCUCAGAUCAUCUGACCCUGGGGUCUUUUCGGGUUCAGCCUUGUUUGAAAGAAAGCUGCUGCCAUAGAAUUGGGGAGCCUGCUGACCCGAAAGAACCCACAGUCUACUUCUGCUGCAGUUGGUCACUGGAGGAUGAGAAGCUUGCUUGGAGAGUCCUCUCUAUCAUGAGAGAUUCACUGACAAUCUCCAGUGGAAUCGAGCUCACCUGCUAG